AUUGUCAGUGCGUCUUAUGGAGCGAAUAUAGAGCGGCCGGUCCGGUAUUUCCACCACCGCCGUGCAGAAUACCAGGCCGGCCGCUCAGCUCUGCAGCGGGACCUUAUGGGGAGUACUGCUGACCUUUGGGGAGGUGGGGAGCGGGUACCUGAAUUGGACAGGUACCCGCUCUUACUUAUUUGUUCUUUAUCUUACCUGUUCCUCUAUCCAGCGGCGCGCUGUCUUCCGGCUUCUGUAGUGUCAGCAGUCAUCUGUACUGUCCGCAGUCUCUGGUCAUCCCUGUGCUGUCCGCAGUCUCUGGUCAUCCCU